UUUCGACAAUUGACAGAUCGUUCGUCACGACAUUUUGCCGUCUUCUCGCGUAGUGUGGAAAUUUUAGGAGGAAAAGUUUUGCUUAACUUUCCAUAUUUUCCAUUAAAUUUAUCCUCAGAAAAUGGCAGAUCUCGGUGCUCCAGUACGCGUAUCCCCACUGAUCAAGUUCGGUCGCUGGUCGUUCCUUGCCAUCGGUGUGGCGUACGGUGCCUACCACCAGAGCCGUCUGUCCAAGCGUGAGGUCGGCAUUCGUGAGGUCGAAGCCAAGCAGAAAGUCAUCCGCGACGCCAAACUGGCAGAGGAGAAGAAGCGUGCACAGGCUGAGGAAGCAAGGGCCAUCGCUGAGCUGUCCAAUCCUGCCAAGAAGUAAAGUGCUUCGCGAAUUUAUUGUUAGUCCCUUAUUUUUAACCUGAAGCGAAGACCGAAGUCAAGCAAAAUGUAAUUUAAUCUUCUAACCAUCAGAAAAUGGUGCAACCAACAAAUUGAAACUGUGAAAAUAAAGGAUAGUAAUAAAUUCUGA